ACACACAACCGAGUGACAGGAGUAGUUGAUGUGAUUGAUUUGAAUUAUAAAAGCACAUUUUAAUCCCUAUAUCUUGACAAUUGUAAAAACAAUGAAAAUAUGAAAGAUUGUUAAUAUUCUGCAGUGUAUUUGAGGUAUCAUUAAAUAUGGUGUCAUAUCCAUCAAUGAAUUUGGUAGAUUUAAUCAUUGACGAGGUUGCAUUGGAAGGUUUGGAUGGUAUCACUUUAGAAGCGUUAUGGUCACGUUUAGCACAACGACUUCACAAUCCCUUGCCAUUUUCAAAACCAUUCAUGGUUCAAAUAUGGUCUAUAUGUGUGCAAAUCAGAGAAUUUGGAUUUCAUGAGCUAGAAACUCCAAGAGAACCACUCGUAAUUUAUGAUCGUUACGAAUUUGUAGAUCCUGAUUUAGGUGUAAUAUUAGAACCAGAUGAUGUACCACCAGACAUUUACCCACAUUAUCCUAUAUACGAUACUACCAAGGGAAUCAAAGGAUCUUGUUCAACAUAUUAUACUCGUCAAGAGAUUACAGAAACUGCAAGGAACCUUAGCUUAGACGAGGUUACAGAAAAAUAUGGACAAAAACUAGUUAUCGUUGCAUCACAAUCAGCACGAAACCAUGCAUUAACCAGAAACGAAGUACUACCAACACUUGAAUUAAAUGCGAUACAAUAUUGUUUUUUAGAAAGAGUAGGUAGAUCACGUUAUCAUGGUGAAGUUACUCAAGGAAAACUUAGUCUUAAUGCGUUAAAAGAAGAUCCUAAGAGUUUGUUUUAUCAUCGAAAGUUAUUGCUACGGCAUAGGUUAAUAACGAAACAAGUGCAUCAUCAAAAAAGUGGUUGUCAUAGUUGCACCGGAAGCCUUUUACAUCUUCCAAGGUUCUUUGUCGAGAGGAAACCAAAAGUAAUUUUCUUAGCCGAAGAGAUUAUCAAAAUACUUAAAUCGAAACCUAAUUACAUUGCAGAAUAUGAUGAAAUAAAACGCAAGUUGCAGCUUGAGAAUGCAAUAAGGAAAUUAUUUAAAACUUCGUUCUUCCAAAAAGUUGUGAAAACAGAUAUAAUGGUGCCAUAUAGAACUUUGUACCCGAAUGCUAAACCUAUAGAAUGGCAACGAAAGUAUACUCCGGCAAAGGAAAAGAAAAUUAAAGUAGUGCAAUUGUUACAUCCCACUAUCGAUGUUAUGGAAGCAUGGACUAAAGAUGAUAUACAGGAAGAGGAUGAAUCACAUGAGUUAAAUAUUUCAAGUCAUAAAUACAAUGUGCCCUAUUUAAAGCAAGCGAAUAGAAUAAUUGAAGAAAGUGGAAGCGAAGGUUUAUGCCAAGGAAGUUUAGGUAAAAAUAUGGGGCUGACCAAACUACAUUCCAGGACAAUUUUGCGAAACCUAGUUAAAAGGGACAUUGUUGCUACUUACAUGAACGAUAUAGGCAGACAAAGACUUACAAAAUAUGUAUCAAAAAAAUUUGAGAAAGGUAGUAAAUUAAGUAAACAGUUAAAGAAGGAAAUGUAUAAAAUCAAAGAGCUUACGAAGCAUAUUGUAACUGAAAGUGAUAAACCUGAGAAAAGUAUAACUGCGAUAGAGGAAAAGGAGAAUACUGUUAUUAGUAAUCAGAAAAGAAAUGUAGAAGAAGUAACUAAAAUCGAUACAACUAGCAAAGACAAUGAAAACAAUGAUGCCAAUGUAAAAGAGAAACCAAGUUCAUCCAUGACAGACAUAGAAAAAACAUUUUAUGUUGUCAAUCGGAUAUUAUAUAAAUAUCGUUUAACAAAACGUCGAAAUAAAUAUAAACGAACGUUUUCGAAUAUUCAAUCAAGUAAAAUUAAUAAAGCACUGGUGAAAGAUGAAAGUAUAAAUUCUAGUAAUGUAUUGUCAGAGUUGUCGAGGAAGGAAAAGUCAGCAGUUGCGUAUAAAAACAUAAAAGUCGAGUACAAAGUUUUAACGCCAGUAAAUACAUUAAAAUCAGAUAAUAAAAUAUAUGGAUUAAUGGAAGACGUGCAAAACAGCGAAAAGAACAAUAUGUCGAAUAUCACAUACAGACUGUUACGAAGAGCUAAUAUGAUUAUAGAAUCGGUUAAAGAACAUCAAGUUAUUGAUGACAUGACAAAAUUGAUGAAGAUGAUAUGCGAAGAAGAAGACAAGGAAGGAUAUGACGUAAAAAUAGAUAGAAAGUCGUUAAUAAGGUUGUUAGGAAAACUUGACAAUGUUGUGAAAAGUAUUAGAAUAACACUCAGUUUAAAUGGAAAAGAGAAACGUAUGACGUUUAUAUGUAACCCAAAUUUGGAUAUCAGCAGUCCUGUUAUUCAGUCCGCUAUAGAGCAAGCGAAAUUAAAAUUUUAUUUCGUACUAUCAUCUCAGAGGACCAAAUCAUUUGCGAAAAGAUGUUCAGGGAAGUCAGAGUCUAGUAAAAAUAGUAAUAUUGAUGAUACUGCAAAUAAAUCCGAAGAUAAGUCUUCAUCUGGAUUUAAAAUGUUAUCGAAAGUUUCUAAAUGUGGACCCAGAGGUUCGAAAAAGUAUGGAUACAGUCCAAAAUUCAUACGCAUGAAAGCGUUACAUAUUCUUUUGUUCUAUUUAAUUUAUGAACAUCCCGGUGAACAAACCCUUUCAAAGAAAGAACAAAUAAAAGCUUUGCUGGAUAAUGGUUUCAAUGUUCCUAAUGAAUUGAUAAGCGAAUUCAGUACAAUUUACUCUUCGGAGAUAAGUUGGAAAAUGUUUAUUCCACCUUUGCCGAAGAAUUCCAGUUGGCCCCAAGGAUGGGCAUUAAUGUGUGACAUUCUAUUACGAUUGCCAUUGUCUAUAUUCUUAAAAAUCCAUUUCCUUUCCUUUGGUAUACCGGACUUGGAUAAAUAUGCGAACCAUCCCAUUCGGAAGCAUUAUUUAGUCAGAGAUUUACCACUUGACACACGAAACGCUUUACUACAUGCACGAAAGUAUAUAUUCAACGUACAUGAAACAGUGACAAGAUUGUGUUACAUCGGGCUGGUACAAUUCGGGCCCCAAAGACUGAAGGAGAAAGACCAAGUGUUCAUUUAUGUGAAUCGACGUACAGAAAUAAUGGAUACAACUUCAUCCGCGCCUAGUUAUCACAUGAUUGAGGAUAAACCCUACCCUGUAAUCAAAUAUAACUUUGACGGAAUGCAUGUGGUAGAGAAAUAUUGGUACGAUUUGUGGAAUACGUGUAUAAAUACAUCAUUAGGUGGUCGACUUGUUGUUCAAGGGAAAGAUAUAGUAUUGGAAGACGUGACUAAGAAAAGUGACAUGAUUCGAGCAGUGGUGGCUCGUACGCCAGAAGAAGCUGUGAGAUUGGACACUGGUCAUGUGCCUGGUGAUCGCAAAGGUGCUGCUGGAAUAGAUUCAGCAUUCUUCGCUCAUCUCAAACGCAAUUGGAAUUGGGGCAUUAGCAGCAGUACGCAUCAAACAAAGUCUCAGCAGACCGUACAACACGAAAGGGAUGUGUAUCUUUCCAAAAUAAAAGCAAAACCUAUCAAGUUCACAGAGUUUCCUGGUUUGAAGAGGGUAUCUGGCCCUCCUUCUGUGACUGCGGCAGAUCUUAGAAAGAAGGUACAGGUUAAACCUGACGAAGGCUUGAACCAAUUGAAAAAGUACGAAGCAUUACCUCAUUAUCGAAACCUGAAACAGAAGUCUAUCGUCAGAAGAGUAUUGCCACGUAAGACUAGUUAUAGAAGAAGAACAAAAUACGACGAAAUUGAUCAUCGAGCUUUGCAACGAAUGCACAAAUUGCGAGUAGAUUGGGACCCAUGCGAAGAUAAGAUUCUACUCGUUUGCAAGAUCGCUAUGGUGUACCUUUGCCCAAGUUUACGCAAACAAGUAAUAACAUUUUCCAUGGUGAGAGACGUGUUAAGAAUGUAUUCCCUCGUUUCGUAUAAUAAAACCUCUAGAGCUUGUCAACGACGACUUUUAUACAUGCUCAGACAACAACAGAACGACAAUGCCAUCGCUUUAGGAGUCGCAGAAAUGAAACAGAACUUUUACAUCAGGAAACGCUUUGAUGGGAUCAUCGAAAGGCUUAAAGAAGAAUACAAGAAUACUUAUGAGUUUGAGAAACAAGUUACGGAGACCUUCAAGUCACUUGUUGCUUACAUUGGGAAAAAGUAUUAUGAUAUUUCUGAUGUCGAAGCAAAGGAACCUCUUCCGGUGCCUAAGUCGGUGCAAGAAUUUAAUAUAUUUUAUAAGGUAGUGCAUCCCCCGAAGCAAUUUGGUAAUCAUGGAUUCACAAAAGAUGUUCGAAACGUUAAUGAUAUACAUUCUGCAGUUAUAAACUCUGUUAUUCAUAGCUCCAUGUGUUGUGGAAAAGACAGAAGGUCCUGGGCGUACCAGUUGUUCAAAGUGUAUCAACAGUAUCCGGAGACACUCCUACGAAAUGCCAUGACAAAGAUUCGAGCUGAUCAAAUGGUUACUGUGAAAAAGUCUUCGUUGCCUACGAUAAGAAAGUAUGGAAACUAUAUGCCAAUGAGUAGUUCUCAAUAUCAGUUGAGCAGUAAUUAUAUAUAUAAAUUUCACACUACAUGGCCUUAUGAAUUGUUUACAGAAUCGUAUGAUGUUUAUUUAAAACUUGCUAAUUGGUACAGUCAAAAACAAUUAGAUAACCAGAAUGAUGCAUCGAACACUUCCAACGGUGUUGAAAUAUUGCCAGUUACAGGUGGUUUGAUUGUUACGAUACAUGAUUUUGUAGUACAGGAUCAAAUGGAUUUCGAUAUCGAAAUACCUGACCAAGUGAUAAUGCUGGAUCCAAGACUGAAAGAAAAAGAUGAAACUUAUUUCAGAAUCGCUCAAAGGUAUCAAGUUGUUUUAGCUAGUUUGGACAAUUUGAAAUUUUCAAAAGAGCCUCCUGUUUCUGAUCUGCAAAAAAGCGAACAAGAGAAAUGUUUUAAUUCUGACGUCGACGUUUGCAACGAUACGAAUGUUCUUAAUGUCGAUGAGAAAUUGGAUAAAGAUUGCUUUUCGAAUCUGGAUAUUGAGAAGAAUUUAUCUUCGCAUGAAUACGAUACUGAAGACAAGAAUUUUGAGGAUGCGAAAAGUUGUGUCGACUAUGACGAUGUACUAACCUUCGAUAGCGACGAAGAGAGUGGUCGCACUGUAGCAGACGACGAAGACAAUGUAAUCAGGUUUCAAGAUGGAACUAAAAUCGUAUUAAACAAAAAUGAUCUGGAACGUUCAAAAUCCUACGACGAAAAUUCGCAGGAAGAAGGUAAAACUUCUUUAGUGGAUGAUAAUAAUCUUGAAGAGGCCAGUCAAGCACAAAUACAGAACGCUACAAUUGCUGAGGAUAAACUUUUAAAAUCUGUGGACGUAACACAAAUUCAAAAUAAUGGUGAUGGUUCGUUGAAUAUGAAAAGCUCAGUUCCAGUUCAACCGUGUUUAGAAUUAAAUAUGGAUGCACAACAGAAAUUGAUUACCACUGGAAGUAAGAGAGGAAGAGAUGUGGAUAAUGAAGUGUUUUAUUCAGGUGAACCUGUACAGAAGAAAGCGAAACCAGAUAACGCAGUGGUUAAAUCGAAUGAACAUGAGCUGGAGAAAGCGAAACCAGAUAAUGAAGUGGUUGAAUCGAAUGAACAUGAGCUGGAAAAAGCGAAACCAGAUAAUGAAGUGAUUGAAUCGAAUGAACAUGAGCUGGGAAAAGCAAAAACAGUGUCUAAUUUAGAUGAACAUGAUAAGGAAAAAGCAAAACCAGAUAAUGAAGUGUCUAAUUUGGAUGUACGUGAGCAGGAAAAAGCAAAACCAGAUAACGCAGUGGUUGAGUUGAAUAAACAUGACCAGGAAAAAGUAAAAACAGAUAAGGAAGUAAUUAAUUUGAAUAAAAAAGCAAAAUUAGAUAAUGAAGUGUUUGAAUUGGGUGAACCCGUGCAGAAAAAAGCAAAAUUGGAUAACGAAGAGUUUGAAUUGGAUGUACGUAAGCAGGAAAAAGUGAAACCAGAUAACGAAGUGGUUGAAUCGAAUGAACAUGACCAGGAAAGAGUGAAACCAGAUAACGAAGUGGUUGAAUCGAAUGAACAUGACCAGGAAAAAGUGAAACCAGAUAAUGAAGUGUGUAAUUUAGAUGAACACGGCCAAGAAAAAGCAGAAAUUGAUAAUGAAAUUGUGGAUGUCGAAAAGAAUGAUAAAACAGUACCAAGCAACCAUGCUACGUCAACUGAAUCAGUGGAUGAAAUACAAAAGGAAGAUUUAAGAAAGAAUUCUGCGAAGGAAACUGAAUCAUUGGAUGAAAUACAAAAGGAAGAGUUAAGAAAGAAUUCUGCGAAGGAAACUGAAGAAGAAGAAGAAACUGGUACAAAAGAAGGUGCCGAUGAUACAAAAAUCAGCAACAAAGCUAUUUUAAAUAAAGAAAGUGAAACCAAUUUACUGUCGAAAAAAGAUAAUAAUCAAAAGUUUACACGUGUCAGUGAUAUUUUAAAGAAUAAAUCCUUCGAACCAAAUUAUUUGUAUCAGUAUUGCAAGGUUGAUGACUCAACAGACGAAAAAAAACGUUUUACUCGAAUAGCUCUGUUAAGAAUGAGAGAGGAAUUGAGUGAACUUACAACAGCUGACAGCCAUCAUGCACACGAUUAUUUCGUUGUAAAUAUGUUCAAAAUUUUGUAUUCCUUGCAUGAGUCAGAUUCACAAAAUUCCAGUGGAAAUGAAAUUUUCAGACAUUUUUUGUUACCUUCGGAAUUGAUACCUUUAAGAUUGUGCGUGGCAAAUAAUGUAAUUCAAGAGAUAAAUAAAUUUGCCGCUUUUCCGAAAGACAGCAUCUCGUAUACCGAUUUUAAGAAAAGUUUACUCAAAGACUCUUCGUUGGAUUUGAAUAAUGUGGAUGCAGUGUAUAAAUUUAUACGGGAUAAAAAAGAACUUGGUGCCAGUAUUCAGGAGUUGAUGAAUGAAUUUGAGAGUACCAUGGGCGAAGAUUUGCAGUACAUCGUAUCACUCUUUAUUGAACACCGUUUGUUCUUGCGGGCUGGUGUAACAACUGUUCGUUAUGUACACCAUCGUCAUGCUGAUGCUUGGUUAAUAGAUUCAUAUAAAAUUUGUCGUCUCAAGAAGGAAUCACUUACACCGAUGCCCAGGGGAACAGUGUAUGUGACAGAACCUGAAGUAAUAAUAACUGAAGGCAAUGACUUAAACUUUUCCAAAGAAUCUAACGAUGCCAGUGUUAUAUCAAACAACGAAGAGAAGAAUCCUUCGUCACCAAGGAUUGAUGAUGAAGAACCAAUUAUAUCGGACACACAGUCAGAAGUAAAAACUCACAAAAUUGAAGAUUGUGAUAAGGAUUCAUCUAGUCACAGCGAUGAAGAGUGCAUUACGCUCACAAAAAAGAGAAUGCAACGAAAGAGGACUCGUUUACUACCCCAGAGAGAUAUAUCUAGGGCUGCGAAGCAAUUAGAUCUUGCUACGAAACAAGAAAUAAGGGUUGUAAUAAAACCGUGGAUACGAAUAGAUGGAGCCUUAAAUCGUAGAGUACUUGAUCGCAUGUUAGGAGCAAUAUUAACAUACUGUAUGAACCAUCCAGGUAUAGCAUUAACUAAAGUACAGAAUAGAUUUGUUCCUGCUCUUCAGCCGUAUCAUACAAGAGAAUUGGUUGAGAUGCUGGAAAAGUUAAAAUGCCUGAAGAAGAUAAUAAUAAAGAAACCACGUGUAACUUUAUUUUCAAAACCAUCACCAGUUGAUCCAAAGAUAACAAAUACCAAUUGGGUUGUCGAAGAAGAUAUUUACCUCGAACCUGCAAAUGGAGCAAUGUUAAAAUUUGGAAUAUUUUUGAGCACUAAGCUGUAUAAAUCAGAUUACAUUACCUAAUUGUCAUACACGAGACAAUCGAAUUGUAAAUAGUUCAAGUUUAUUUUGUCGACAUAAAUAUUUCAUAACAAUGUUCUUAAAAAAUAGAAAACUUUUAUUUAAAAAAAGUAACAAAUAACAAGUUUUCAGCACUGGAACAAUAUAAACAUACCUUAAAAAACACCCAAAUAUUUAUACAAUAUUAACAAUUUUCGUAAAUUCUUGUAA